AUGCCGGCGCUCCCAACACUUUACCGCAAUAUCCUGAAAUGCAGCGUGGCGUACUUCAUCGGCUCGUUGUUCACCUAUUCUCCGUAUCUGUCUGGCUUGAUAUCUGCGAUAACAACCAGAGAGUCAAGUGAGCGGUUUCCUGCGCCAUCUGGACACAUGGUAGCCACAGUAGCGGUGUACUUCAACCCCGCAAAAACGAUUGGCGGUAUGAUGGAAGCUGACAGGUACUGCCUGAUGGGCCUUGCAUUUGCGGCAUUCGUCUCUCUAGGUAGUAUGAACAUGUACUGGUGGUUCGAAGUGCGCCAUGGCUGGGAAUGGCUUGCUGAUGUCCUGGUGAUAUUAUGGAUCGGACUUGGAAUGUCCUUCGUUGCGUGGAUGAAAUUAUGGAUGGCCAAGCCGACGUUCAACACAGCUUGUAGCAUGACAGCCAUCAUCCUCUUUGUCGUCGUUGUUAAAGAAGGCGGUGUCGCUCAACUCCUCCAGGUCUCAUUCAUCGUCUUUGUUGGCUCCAUAAUCUCCAACCUCAUCUGCUGCUGUCUCUGGCCGCAGUCUGCGACGCGCAAUCUGCAAAACAACAUGAUUCACACCCUCAAUUCGUACUCCAUGCUCUUAAAGCUACUCACGCGUACAUUCCUGCUGGAUGCCCCGUUACAUCAUCCACGGGAAGCAAAAAUUCAGAAAGCUGUCGCGGACCAUCAAGCAUCGUUCACAUCACUGAAGAGGAACUUGGCAGAGGCCAAGAGUGAAGGAAUUUUCGGGCCAGGAAAUGGCGCGAUGGGUAAGGGAAAGGACGCCGGCGCUGCUUAUGAAGACGCGGUGGAUAGUCUGAAUAGGCUGGCGCAGCACUUGAACGGAUUGAGGAGUGGCACCAGUCUGCAGUACGACCUUGCGAAGGCGCAUCUGGACGGCCAGGCUGGUGCUGGGAAGGGAAGGCAGAUCGACGGGAGCGUGAAUGACUUGGAGGUAGAUGAUGCAGAGUUGACUCUGAAGUCCGCAGCUUCGAUGUUCGGAGAAUUGGUCGAGGAAGUUGGACCCCCUCUCAAAGCGCUGUCGUCUAAAUGCACGGGCGCAAUACACAGACUAAGGGAGGCGUUUGAACAUCGCCACAAGACGACCGAUGCCGCGAUGAGCCCAGCAAUUUUCUUGGACCUGGCCGAUAAAAUUGAGCGUGCAUUGUUCACGUUCGAGAGUACAUCGAACCAUGCUUUGCUCAGGCUGUACAGAAGGAGUGACAUCGUGUCAGGCUUGAGCUCACGCGAGUCUGGCUCUAUCUAUUCACUGAAUGAAUACAGUGAGAAUGCACUCACUUCUGGGAGCGACAACGAGAAUGUCUUUCUCGUGUAUUUCUUCAUUUUUACAUUGCAGGAAUUUGCGCGGGAGUUGGUGUCGCUCGUGGAUGCGAUGGGCAGGAUAUAUGCGGCUGAACGGGCUAAUGCAGCCAGAGGAUGGUGGUUUCAGCCAUUCAGCGCCGUCUUUGUACGUAUCAUGCAUAUGCCCACAUUUCAAACAUUCUCACUCUUCCCACCGGCAGCAUCAUAUGUCUCAUCUGAUAAGCGCCCCGCCGUCGCCUCGUACUUUCCGAAGGUCCGCCCACACGCGCCCAAUACGGUACAGACGCCCGCUCGCGAGGAGCUGUCAUUCAUCGGGCGCUUGAAGCAGACCCUGUGGGCUAUUGGGGAUGGCAUGCGGGACCGCAAGAUCAAAUACGCGAUCAAGGCAGGGAUGGCUACUGCUAUUCUCGCUGCACCUGCAUUCUUUGAGGUGACACGACCAAUAUUUGUGGAGUAUCGGGGCGAAUGGGCGUUAAUCUCGUUCUUUGUUGUGAUGUCACCAACUAUAGGAGCGACGAACUCCCUGAGCAUUCACCGCGUCCUCGGUACAUUGUUCGGGGCCGCGACGGCCGCGACCGUGUACUCUUUCUUCCCCGAAAAUGCAGUCGUGCUCUCCAUUUUUGGGUUUUUCUAUUCGAUUCCGUGUUUCUACUACAUUGUGGCUAUGCCGCAGUAUGCAACCACCGGUCGAUUCGUGCUGUUGACAUAUAAUCUUACUUGUUUGUAUUGUUAUAAUACAAGAUUAAAGGACGUGUCCGUCAUUGAUGUAGCGUUUCACCGGUCUGUAGCGGUGACUGUCGGUGUCGCUUGGGCGUUUGUAGUGUCCAGGUUUUGGUGGCCCUCCGAGGCGAGACGAGAGCUUAGCAAGGCGCUUGGCGACUUUUGCUUGAACAUCGGUUGGCUGUAUACACGCUUGGUCAUUUCCAAUUCAUUCUCUCCCGAACCGGAGCGCCACGAAGAGACAGAUACUAAUGUCACAGAAGAGACAUCGUUGAUACCAAAACGACGGAGAACGGCGCUUGAUAAUUCCAUCGAGGAAUUCAUGGCUAUGGAGUUUCAUCUGCAGAUCAAGCUGAUUGAGCUGCAAGAUCUCCUCAAACAGACCCAGCAUGAACCUCGAUUGAAGGGACCAUUCCCCAUCAAAUUAUAUCGCUCCAUUCUAACUAGCCUGCAAAAGAUUUUGGAUAAUCUACACAGCAUGAGAUGUGUGACAACGCGGGAAGAGUGGUCAAAUGUACGCCGAGACUUCAUUAUACCCGUCAAUCGAGAGCGCCGAGAGAUGGUCGGCAACAUCAUUCUGUAUUUCUCCACGUUGGCGUCUGCUUUCAGGCUGAAAGCACCGUUGCCACCUUACCUUCCGCCAGCGGAGAAGGCACGGCAAGAGCUCGUCGGCGCUAUCAGGAAACUUGAUGUGGUGAAAAACCGGGAUGUCAAAGGAUCGCGCCAGCUCCUGUUCUUCGCAUACGCAUUGACGAUGAAGGGUAUCACAAAAGAGCUGGAUUACCUGGGCAGCACUCUCCAAGAUGCAUUUGGCGUAAUCGGGCAGGGAACUGACGCCUUUGAAGCACUGUUUCGGGAUGAUAUGCGAGGCGCUGAGCAGUCAGUAUGA